GGCAUGAACACUUGGAGACAAUGUCAACGAUCAGCUUCCUAAACAGGAAUUGUCUCCAGGGUAUCGGAGGUGUGCUAAGUGGGGACGAAUUCUGCGCAAAGGAUCGAUGGCCGAUUGUGGCAUAAAAACCUAUCUCGUGUUAGCCGUGACGGGAUAGAUGUGAAUAAUAGGUAUUAAAUCGUUAUUUUGGGGAUUUGCCCGCUUCGUUGGGAAGCUAAGCUGCGUAUCAAACUACUGCACCCGAUAUCAACAUGGGUAUAUGGAAAUAAAUGCAAGCCUUCUGGAAAUAUGUUCUUGCAAGAGAAUCCAUCUAGAAUGUGACAACUUGAAGAGCGGUUCCGUCUUGGGGGGGCUUGGUUCCUGAGCAUGCGAAACAUGAUAUGCCUACUCGUUAUUCCGCGUGUCAGCAGUGGGGGCUAAUACUCAUGGAGAUUGCUACCAAGCCGCGCGCCAAAGCAGUAAGCAUAAGCGGGCAGUGUUCGGAGUAAAGCUAUUAUCUCCGGAACGAAAAGGAAGCCUAGAGGUCAGCUUUAAGAUGCCGGUAGUUGGCAGAUGGGGAACGAAUCAUAUGGCGUUCUCGGAUGACUGCCGAUAGACAACUGGAGUCCCGGUUGUCCGGGCUCUUAUAAACCAAAGCGGGGAUGUCUUUACACAUUGGUCAAAUGUGGGCAUGUGGUGCCAGCUCAACGAGGGUAUUCCGGUUAUGAUGUGGAAAAGAGGAGAUGCCAAUGGUGGCUUGGAUGUCUCUGCUUCAGUGCCGAGCGAGUAGAGGUUUGUGGGAAAGGUUCAAACGUGCAAUGGCCUGGAUAGCUGACAUGAAAUCGCAAAUAGAUGUCGCAUUAUUGCGUAUAAGACAGCGCAGCGGGAUGAUGAGUGUGGCGCUUCUUGCUGAUGAUGAGAGUGGUUGUUAGCAUGUGUACCAAGAGGGUAUAAUUGCGCUGCGUGAAUGUUCGAGUUCAAUCUCAAAGGAAGUACGGGAUCAUCUUGGCCUUGACUUUGGUUGUGUCGUGGAAAUGAAGUGCCAAUCCGCCAAGAUCAUGCAAUUCCAUAACGGCGGCAUCAUGUGUCGGCUUCGAAGUCUUGAAUGGCCAGGUAGUGCAGUAUUUCUCGCAGGGAAAUGGCAGCAGGCGGUUAGGUACUGGUGGGAUAUCCACGUUGUGAGGGCGUUUCAUAAAACACUCAGGUAUCAACCUUGAAGCAUUGCUCGGCGGCAAUGGUGAGAUUGCAUGGCUGCCAAUGGUGGAUGGACGAGGCUGUGCAACCCGUCAUCAAGAUGACUGUUGAAAAUUCCUUCAUCCAUCUGCCCUUUGAUAUUCUCGUGGUUCCGUACUGUUCAAUGCGAGUGUCGGAUCAAAGAGUCGAUAUGGCUCCAAAGUCCAGAAUCGGGAAGGCGAAAAUAGCCGGAACCAUGAGCAUCACGGUAACUGCGCCUCCCUCAGCCAAGUCUCAGUUCGCCCGAGGACAUCGAUACAGACAAUGGGAGGGGUCGCCGCGUCACGAUCUUAUUGUUCAACUGUUGUUGAGGUUUGGUCGCCUCAAGUAUCAAAAGAGGCAGCUCAACCUAGCUAGCUCAUCGAUGGCAACUUGCCGGCUACCUCUGAGAGCCAUGGAACCAUUGAAAGCCAAGAGCACAGCCACUCGUCUAAAGAGGAAGGCUGAGAGGGUUGGUAGCUGACUGAUAAUUAAUUCAAUCAAUGCGAGUAAUUGUUGCCAUUGAGGUAACAGAACAGGGAAGAUGUUGAGAAGGUAAAAGUGUGGUGCGCUUAGACAGGUUGCCGUGGUUGUGGUGCAGUGGGGUUGGCUUUCUGCGGUUAUUUUAUGCAACUUGCUGCGGUGCAAACGAACCACCAAUACUGCAUGCGCGCACAACCCUUUGAC